CCUAUUCGGAUCCCAAUCUGAAAGACCGACCCGACCCGCCUUCUUUUUCCCUCCCGCGAGCUCUCAUUCGCUCUGGAGACGUCACUCAAGCGGGGCGGCGCCUUUCCGCGAAGUUUUUGCCACAAUCAAGAGCUCCACGUGUGGCAGCCGCUGGAGCAGCCGGGCAGCGAGGAGGGGAGGCAAGGGAAGGAAAGGGAAGGGAAGGAAGGAGAGAGAGAGAGAGAUCCCAUAGAAAAGGGGACAGCCGUGGGGUCAGAGGAAUCCUUUCUCUUCCUGAGCGCGGAGCAAGAAAGGCCAGGGAAGACCCUCGAACAGGCGCAGAGGACUCCCUCGGAGCUGUCAUCCAAGGAGGGAGUGGGCCAGCCUUGGAGAUCGAUGCGCCCCAGUUCCGUCUCGGAUGCUCCCUGAGGAAGACGAGGAGGAGGAGGAGGAGGAGGGGGCGUAAGGGGGGAGCCUCGGGUGCUGAGCGGCCGAGCCGAGGGGCCAUGGGCGCCUAGCAUGGCCCGGGGAGGGGCGCCCCCCGCCUCCUCCUCCUCCUCCUCCUCCUCGCUUCCUGCUCCUCCACCUCCUCCGCUUGGUCUCCUUCCUCCGCUUGUGCUGCCUCCGCCGCCGCCUCCUCCUCCUCCCGGGCCGGAGCCCCUUCCCCGCCGCGCGCUCCGGAGGCUGCUCCUGCUCGUGGGCUCGCUCCUCAUGUCUCUCUACGGCAGCUACUGCCUGGCCGGGGCGGCGCGCCUCCUGUCUCGCGACCCGGUCCCCGUCCCGGUCCCGGUGGAGGAGGAGCCCUUCGGGGUGGCCCCGCUGCCCGGCGGGGAGGGCGCCAAGCGGCUCCCCCAGGCCGUGAUCAUCGGGGUCAAGAAGGGCGGGACAAGGGCGCUGCUCGAGUUCCUCAGGGUCCACCCCGACGUGCGGGCCGCCGGCGCCGAGCCCCACUUCUUCGACCGCAACUACGACCGGGGACUCGCCUGGUACAGGGAACUAAUGCCAAGAACUCUUGAUGGGCAGAUCACCAUGGAGAAAACACCCAGCUACUUUGUCACAAAGGAAGCACCUGCUCGCAUCUCUGCCAUGUCAAAGGACACCAAGCUCAUUGUAGUGGUGAGAGAUCCUGUUACCAGAGUCAUUUCUGACUACACACAAACACUCUCCAAGAAGCCUGACAUCCCCACCUUUGAGAGCCUGACCUUCAAAAACAGGACUACAAGUCUUAUCGAUACCUCCUGGAGUGCCAUCCAAAUUGGCAUUUAUGCCAAGCAUCUGGAAAAUUGGCUCCUGUAUUUCCCCAUUGGACAAAUCCUUUUUGUCAGUGGGGAGAGGCUGAUCAGUGACCCGGCUGGUGAGCUGGGUCGUGUCCAAGACUUCCUCGGUCUCAAGAGGAUCAUAACGGACAAACACUUCUACUUCAACAAGACCAAGGGUUUUCCCUGCCUAAAAAAGGCUGAAGGCAGCAGCAAGCCCCACUGCCUGGGCAAAACGAAAGGGCGGACCCAUCCCAGCAUUGACCAGAAAGUGGUCCAGCGACUGAGGGAAUUCUAUAGGCCCUUCAACAUGAAAUUCUAUCAGAUGACGGGACAUGACUUUGGCUGGGAUUGAGGCUGGAAAAUAUAAUUUAAACAAAUAAAAAGGAAAAGAAUAUAUUUUUGUACAUAUUAACAGAGAGGGGAAAUGAAUAUUUGUGCUAAUGUCUGGUGGCCCCAAUUACUAUCUUCAUUUGGAAGCAAAUACCACGAUUGUCUAUUUUUCUUGUUUGAAUUGUUCAAAAUUUACAAUAUACAAUCCAGAAGACUCUCAUUUGAGGUCUGGCUGAUGACACCAGUAUGUGGCCUAGACAAAUAUAUUUCCAGUUUUCUAUGUGACAUAUUUUCUUUUUUUUUUCUUAUUCAUUCAUUCAUUCAUUCAUUCAUUCAUUUCAUUCUUUCUUUUUUGAAAAAAGUUGUUUGGAAUCAUUCAUCACUUAGUCCCAAUGUCAGCACUCAGAUUUUUAAACAUGGCACAGCGUUGGUCCUAUUGUUAGCCACAUUAAUCAAAUCUGAGAAUAUUUUUGACUGAGUUUCAUGAUAUAAAUUAAAUAAAUACUUAACUGGUAGGCUGAAAUUAGGGAGCUCAAUGUUGAGAUCUAACUUAUCCGAUCUCUACCUAUUUUAAGAAGGCCAUUGUAGAAUCUUGUAUUAUGUGUCCAGGUUGCACCCAACACAAUCAGAAAUGGAAGUAAAGUUAGAGCAAAGUUAGGGGAAUGCUUUUUAAGACUAUGGACACAUCUAGGCUGACCAUGUAAUGUGAGACGAACGCAGCAGAAGCAAAUGUGCAGCCAAUCGAACAUAAAGCUUAGAGCCUGAGUUUAGGCCUGGGCAGUGCUUCUAUGCAUUGGAAAAUUCAGGUCCAACUCUGCUGUAGCAUCCACAGUAUCCACAGCUUCAUGGCCAUGGAGGAUUUAGGAUUUUGCUUUUCAGCUUCCCACUAUAGUGUAUGUGCAGAUUGCUGGAUCAUCUCUUCUUUGAUCAUUUUUGCCAUAUGAUGUGGUUUCCAUUGAUGGAUGCUAAUGCAAAUUACAGGGCCUAUUUUGGAGUAUCCCUGGUUUAAGGCCUCUAAAGCAUGUUUAUGUGUUUUUCAUGCCCUGUGUCAUUUGAACACUGCAUUUUUGGGGGAGAUACCUUCAAUACCCUUUAAGUGGUAAAUGCGGAUUUCCCCUAUGACUCCCAGAAUGCUCAAGCCAGCAUGAACAGAAAGCUCCACUGCAGAGUUAUAUUGUCUAAGGUUAAAUGCUGCUUCUUUGUUUGUACUACUAAGCUGAAGUACACCCUUGGGGUUGCGCCAUGAGGCAUUAACUGAAGAGUGGUGUGAGGCCUUGUCCAAACAUAUGACUCCAAACCUAUAUGUUUUCUCAAGGAAGAUCCAAUAUCCAGGCUAAUUAAGAUAAAGUAUCUUCAUUAUAGUUUGAAAGGCUUUUCAAAGCCUUCUUCCUCAACCCUUGUCUGAUCCACCUGUUGCUUCCAUAAAGCUUUAUAUUAGCUCAGAUUUUCUGUCCAGAGCCCAGUGACAGCUGAGUUGAGCUGAAGAGUCAACAGUAAGGAAAAGUAAGAAGGAGAGGAAGUCAUUUUCCUUGUCAUCUCCCCCACUCGAGUUUGAAAGGUCACGAGGUCAUCUUUAACCAAUACGCUCAGCCUUCUGUCUCUUCAGAAUGCUCUGUCUCUAGUCUUAAGCCCUUUCUGGCAGAAGUUUGUGCCAUAAAACAUCUGGGUAAACAUGUUAAAAUCACCUCAACAAAGAGAGAGGAAAGUAGCUAUAGGUCACUCGAGAAUGGAACAUAUGACAAAGCUGGCUUGCUGCAGGCUCAUGCCAACUCUCCUAUCAGAGGUCCCUCCAGGAGCUUGAUUUUGUCCAAAUACAGUGUGAUAUCCUAUUUAAUUGCUGAAGUUGCAGUUUUACCAAGUCUUUAACCUUCUCUGCCAAAGAGAGCAGUGGCUCACCAAAGUACCCCUCUCCCAUGAUUCCAUAACAUUGGUCCAUAGCAGUUAAAGUGGUGUCAGACUGCAUUAAUUCUACAGUGUAGAUGCCCCCAAGGCAUAGAAAGAAUGCUUUUAGAUUUUAUCAUCAAAAAAGUACUGUAUGAAUUGUCAUGUUCCAGGAACCUUUUUCAAAUGUUUCAUUUACACAAACACAUGUUUUUUGUGCAAAAAAAAAUGAUGGCUGCAAUCCUGCCCAUGAAUUACAACAUUGUAUCUUGGAUGUAUGAUCUUACUGCAAGAGAAUUCAGGCUUACUGUGGUUAACAACUCCCCAAUUGUACCUUUCCAGGCUGGCAACAUCACAGUCAAAGUGUUUCUGAAAAACUGCAGAUCCAGGCACUGUGAAAUGAUGUCUUCAGAAUUCUCUUAAGCCACUUCUACACUGCCCUGCAUCCCAGGAACUGAUACCAGAUUAUGUUUAUCCCAGAUUAAAUGGCAGUGGAGACUCACAUAAUCCAGUUCAAAGCAGAUAAUCUGGGAUCAGGUCCCAGGAUAUAGGGCUGUGUUGAUCCAGCCUUAGCUGCAGGAGCAAGUAGUUGUGGCAGGGCCCUGAGUAGAGUCUCCAGCUGUGUUUUCUGAAAGUAACCCAAACUGGCCAAGCGCUGCAAAUGCUAUUUCCCAAAAUCCCGUAGAGCUUCAAGUUGAAUCAAUAGGAUUGGUGUGUGUGACAUCAUCAGGUUUAAUUAUUAUGAUAGAGCUCUACCACAGUCACAACACUUGGCAAGGGAAUAUUUCAGGUAGCUUUUUGCACAAAAAUCCAUGCAUAAAUUGAGUUUUUUUGUAAAAUUUUCAGAAAAUGUCAUAAAAUAAAGAAGAGAAAUCCACAAGAAAAGAAUCCCUUUUUGUAGUCUUGUCUGUCUAGGAGAAAAAAAAUUCAUGCUUUUUAUGGGUAAGAAAAAAUACACAAAGAUUUACAUCCUAACUGAAGUAAAUACCAUGCUGCAGAUUACACAGGUGCUAAAUUCUACUCAUUAAAUAAAAAUUUAAAGUAAAAAAAUUCCCCAAUUUAAAGCAGUAGGUUGUUUCAUAAAUUAAAAAAUAAACUUUAGAAAGUUUUCAAAAAUUUGCAUGUAUAUUCUCCAGAAUCAUGUUGGUCUUAUAAGGUAUGAUAACUUUUUAUUACAUCCAAUUUAUGUUGUAGAACAAGUUACCCAGUGCCUCCUUCUGUAGUGACACAUAUACACUAAUGUGCAAUUCCAGCUGGAACAGUGGUUCCCAACAUGUGGUCCGUGAACCACCAGUGGUCUACAAGAACUAAAAUAUGAUCCACUGCUUCACCAUUACUACACCAUUGCAACGAGAACAACUGUUCUUGUGAAACCCUCUUAUAGUGAUGAGGCUUAUUAAAUAUGGUUUUCUGUGGGUAAGCAGAUGGCAACUACUGGGUGGCAUAUAUUCUGAAUUAGAAACUAGAGCUGAUGUGGUCUAUCCAAUACAAUUUUCUGAAUCAGCACCCCAAAUAACCAAACCAAAUCUAAGGUUGACCUAAAACUGAUUUGUAACCCUUCUGGUAUUAAUAUUGUAAAGUGGUCCCUCGUCAAAUUGGUCCCUGGUCAAAAAAAGGCUGGGGACCACCAAGCUAGAAGGUACCAGGAUACAUACCUACAUACAAUAUUUGGUCAAGGGCUGGGAGAGUCCUGGACAUUAUCUCGUUGCUGUUAUGCAGCUAUUCAGCUGCAGCUGGGUAGUGCCUUGAGAGUUUCAUCCUCCUAAUCAUGGAUUGACCAUGGGAAUGUAUCCUGGAGUAUUCAACAAGGUUUGCACAGCCAGUGAUAAUAUGAACCCCGUGGAAUUAUGUUGGCAUUGAUUUCCACUCCCCUGAAACUGGAUUUUGGCCUAUGUUUCCUUCUAAUCUGCUUGCAGGAACUGAUAUGAGUGGCAAUUCAAGCCAAUUGAUUUUCAGUCAUUCCUCUGCUAGAAAGGGACAGCUCAAUCCCAGUCAAUUGGAUCUUUAUCAGUUUCUGCAGUCUUGUAAGACAUGAAAAAUGUUAUCUGCAUCACAGGCAUAAUGUUAUGUUUGGCCAUUCGCCUGACCACCAUGUGUCCAAUGUCAUACAGUGAUUUGGUGGCAGAACAAUUUGUAGAUCAAUUGCCACAGUGGACUCACAACAAUAACCUUUUCAUUUCCGCUAACCUUUGUUACACUGCUUCCAAGUCCACAAAUGGAGCCUGCACUUUGAUCUUUAUUGCACAUUCACUUCAGUUGACUCUUUGUUUCCCGUGUCUCUGUGCUGUUUACUCAUAAUAUAAGGUGAAAGAGUCUUAUUGUAAGGGAUAACUUCAGACAGGAGCAACAAAUCCUCUUUGCAUCCAGGACUUCACCCACUGCUCCCUUGCCACAGUGUCAGAUGGAGCAACCCACUGUAUUCCGUGCACUCUUCCUCUUGUAUUUUAUGCACUUUUAAAUAUUACAAUAUGACCCAGUACAUCCACGAACAGGGUGGCCACUGAAAUAAUGGCCUCUUCAUGUUCAGUUUGACCAUACAUUGUUUUAAAACAAUUUCUUCAAAAAUAUCCAAGCAGUAUAAAAUUGGUAUGAACCAAGCACAUUGGGAAGGCAUAUGUUGAUUUCUUUCUUAUUUGUACAGGAUAACACAGCAAAAAGAAUUUGAAACAUAGGGAUUCUUAAUGGAGAUUUAAAGCUUCUUUCUAAUAAUGAAUGAAUCUAUAUAUCUUUUUAAAGUCAAGGAAGGAUCCAGUUCACAACGAGCUAAGAAAAGUCUAGUUUAGUUAUUCUAUGAUCAUGACUUGUUGGGCUUUGGUUAAUGGUUUGGGCACCUUGAAACUCUGGUCCCUGUAAAUGACUUGACAAUGAAAUGUUCUGAAAUGGAAGAUUUCCAUUAUGUUUUGCAGAGUAGAUGAAGCCAUCAAAUGAUCAGAAAUAAAUCUCCAUAGGGGAACAACCCCCAACACACCACAGUAUGCAUGAACAAUACCUAGAAUAAUUGCAACAGACUAACAGUUUCAUUCAAAUAACAUACUGAUUCACAAUCUCUAGAUCUGCAUAAUUUCCUUUUAUGCGGGGCUUAAAACAGAGCUUUGAUGCGAGUGGGAUUUACUCUGACCCUGUAAAGGGCUAUUUCAUAGGAACUAACCAUAAUCUGUUUUCUGUGUACUGUAAAUUCUAAUUAUACUCAAAGUCUAAAGGAGAAAAUUAUUCCAAAGCAUUAUUUCUUGCCACAAUAGAUAAAAAAUAAACUCAUAAACUAGUUCCUAAAUACAUUUAAAAGCCAGGCUGUCAAAGGAGUUGAUGAAUGGAUGUCUUACCUUUAGUGUAACUGGCUUAAUAAAUAUAAAUGGAUAGAACAUCAGUUUAUACCUUGUUGAUUUUAUAGUUUCUAUUCAUGAGCAUACCGUCUAAAGUUUAUCUAUUUUAACUAGUUAUUACUUCUUCUUUUCUAUUCAGCAUAUAAGAUAUACCAUGUAAGGCCUGCCAGGAAAGAUAUCCAUGCUAUUAUUAUUAUUAUUAUUAUUAUUAUUAUUAUUAUUAUUAUUAUUAUUAUUAUUGGGUCUUCUUUUCUUUGUACAUACUGUUUCAUGUUAUUUCUUUGUGUUGUAAUCCUCUCAGUUCUUCACUUUGAUGCUAUUUCUGUAAGAGCUGAAAUACUUUUUAAUGUAACUUAAGGCUGGAAAAGCACACAUUUUAAUAAAGUUUACGGGUACUGAGA